GCCAGCACAAUGAGGAUCAGGCCUGCUGUCAGGUGGUGCUGAUGGACCGGAGCUGCAGUCCAAGGGGUGACCCGGCGUCCCAGGAAGCGGAGGGGGGCAGGCAGGACCUUUGCUUCCACUACUGGGGCUUGUUUGACGGCCACGCGGGCAGCGGCGCUGCUGUCAUGGCAUCCAAGCUGCUUCACCAUCACAUCCGUGACCAGCUCAGGGACCUGGUGGGUAUCUUACAGGACUCCUCCCCGCCCCCAAUCUGCCUGCAGAGCAACUCACGGGCACCCCUGGCCGAGCGGAACCGGGCUCCCCUCGCGGAAGAGGAUGUGGAGCUCUCCAACGACGCCCUGCCCCGCUUCCACCUGGAGAAGGCAGUCUCUCGGGAAAGCCUGGUGAUCGGUGCAAUCGAGAACGCCUUCAAGCAGAUGGACGAGCAGAUGGCGCGGGAGCGGACCACCCAGCUCGUGGCGGGCGGCUGCUGCGCCCUGGCGGCCGUUUACCUCCUGGGGAAGUUCUACGUGGCCAACGCGGGCGACAGCAGGGCCAUUAUCAUCCGUAACGGGGAAAUCAUUCCAAUGUCCAGGGAGUUUACUCCAGAGACAGAGAGGCAGAGGCUGCAGUUUUUAGGGUUUUUGAGGCCGGAGCUGCUGGGGAAUGAGUUCACGCACCUGGAGUUUCCCCGGAGGAUUCAGCACAAGGAGCUGGGGAAGAAGAUGCUGUACAGAGACCAGAACAUGAGCGGCUGGGCCUAUAAAAGGAUAGUAGAGGACGACCUGAAGUUUCCACUUAUCUAUGGAGAAGGGAAAAAGGCCCGGGUGAUGGCUACAAUCGGGGUCACUCGGGGCUUAGGAGACCACGACCUGAAGGUGUACAACUCCAAUAUCCACAUCAAGCCUUUCCUCUCCUGUGUCCCUGAGGUCCGCGUUUACGACCUGACGCAGUACGAGCACUGCCCCGACGACGUGCUGGUGCUGGGAACGGACGGGCUCUGGGACGUCACCAGUGACAGGGAGGUGGCCGAGGUGGUCACAGAGGUGCUGAUGGGCCACGAGCCAAACGACCCCUGCAGGUACACCAUGGUGGCCCACGAGCUGGUGCUGAGGUCCAGAGGGGUGCUGAAGGAGCGGGGCUGGCGGCUGGCCAACGACAAGCUGGGCUCUGGAGACGACAUCUCCGUGUUCGUGAUUCCUCUGGGCGGCCCCGGCAAUUACACGUGAGGCCGCGCUGCCCCGGGGCGCGAGGCGGCUGCCGUCGCCAUGGGAGCAGGGCUGGGGCGCAGGGGCAGCCUGGCCACAGAGCGUUGGUGCUGCCUGCCUUUCCAGCGAGAGGAGAAAGAAACCCGGGAGUCCCAGGCUGCCCGCCGCGCCCCGUCUCCGCCGGCUGCUCCCCAGCCCGGGCAGCAAGAGCUGGAGCAGCUAGCGACGGAACAGCCGCCCGGGGCCCGCGGUGGGGAGAUCAAGGCAGGACUGUUCGGCUGCCAUCACCCACAGCCAGCCCUGCCCGACAGGGUCCCUGCGAGAGGACUGGGCUCCUACACGGCUCUCUGAGGCUCCUCUGCAGGACAGGAGAGUGCCCCCAGGCUGGUCUGGUAAUGUGAGAAUGGGGUAGCUGGAGGGACGACAGUUCCCCAGGCCUGGGAAGCACGUGGCGUCCUGUGCAAACCCUCCCUUUCCCCCCUCGAGAUCUGCACCGCUGCUGCCCGGUUCGGCUGAGCUCCGAGCUGCCGCUCCCACAUCCCCGUGGACGGGCGGGCGCCUGUCCAGCUCUCGUCACGGCACUCGUCCUGGUCGCCUGGCCUGCGCAGCUCUGACGCCCAGUCCCCUCUGCUCGUAGUGAAGGGAACAGCUGCACCAGGACAGCUCUGGGAACCAGCCAGGCUGUGGCUGGCGUGGCCUAGCACCCUUGCCUCAUGCUUGCCAUCCUGCUGGCCAGGCAGCCUUCCAUCCACUCGCUGUGUCCUUCUCUUGGCGAUGGGCACGGUAUGAACACCCAGGGAUUUCUAUCAGAGCGGCAUUCGCACCCAGCCCAGGAUGAGUUCCCAGAUGCCAAAACGGGGGAUUGGCCCAAUUAUUGUUGGUUGUCCGUGGAAGAGCUGGUCUAAAAGUGUCCACGUUCCAAUGUCAGUGAAAACAACCGGUCGUCCCAUUUUCCCCCCAGCCGUACUGAAUGGGUGCUUGGUUCUGUUCCGAGUACAGACCAGGCCUGCCCCAAAGGUCUUGCAACUUGAGGGGUGCAUCCGUGUGCUUAGCUGGGCACCAAGGAGAAUUAAUGAGCUGUGUGUCUCUCUUAAAAAAAGCAAAUCCCCUUCUUGCCGGUAUUAAUCUCAGAGCAAUGACCAGCUCUAUUCUGGUGGGGGCUGUGGCUUGGCUCAGCCCUGCAGAACGCUUGAUUCAGAAAAGGCGAUCCAUCCUGCAAACCUCUGCUCAGGGACAUGCACUUUCUGAGUCUAUGCAGGGGGAAGGAAACAAGUGCAGCAUUAUAGCUAUAAAAUCCUGCCCCAGGGUAGAAAUGGGGCAAAUUUCCUUCUGAUGAAUGUUAUUUGUAACUCCUAAUUGGUGAGAUGUAAAUAAACUACAUAGGCCUCCUUGGAACUAAAAGGCAUCCGGGGA